CGGCGGAGCGCGAGCGAGGAUGAACAACAAUUUUGCCAGUUUGAAAGAUGAUGACAGUGGGGACCAUGACCAGAACGAAGAGAACAGCACACAGAAAGAUGGUGAGAAGGAAAAAAAUGAUCGUGACAAACCCCAGAGUAGCACCAAGAGGAAGGCUGUUGUCCCAGGGCCGACCGAGCACCCCCUGCAGUAUAAUUAUACUUUCUGGUACUCCAGACGAACACCCGGGAGACCCACCAGCUCUCAGAGCUAUGAACAGAACAUCAAACAGAUUGGCACCUUCGCCUCAGUGGAGCAGUUCUGGAGGUUUUACAGUCACAUGGUACGUCCUGGGGACCUGACAGGCCAUAGCGACUUCCAUCUCUUCAAAGAGGGAAUCAAACCCAUGUGGGAGGACGACGCCAACAAAAAUGGUGGCAAAUGGAUUAUCCGUCUGCGCAAGGGCUUAGCAUCCCGCUGCUGGGAGAAUCUCAUUCUGGCGAUGUUGGGAGAACAGUUUAUGGUGGGGGAAGAAAUCUGUGGGGCAGUUGUCUCUGUCCGGUUCCAGGAGGAUAUUAUCUCCAUAUGGAACAAGACCGCUAGCGACCAGGCCACAACAGCUCGGAUACGUGACACGUUACGCCGAGUGCUUAACCUACCUCCGAACACCAUCAUGGAAUACAAAACGCACACUGACAGCAUCAAGGAUAAUUCAAGCUUUCGAAACACCAAAAUCACAUUGUGAGAACAAGGCCGGCGGUAAAUUCCUCUCUUGGUGUGAACCCCCUGAGAGGCCUCCAUCCGUGCCCUGCCAUUUCUGGAGGGCCGCGCAGGCUGGAUUGACCGCACCACCCUUUUGCACUCAACCCCGGAGGAAGGAUGUCAUUCAAAGCCCUUCUGUGUCGGUGACUAAGGAGAGGCUGACUUCGUCACACAAAACUCUUUUCAAGGGCAGGGUAGGAGGCCGACUUUUCAGUUAGCAGGGUGCCCUCUCAGGGCCUCCUUCAGCACUUUCAUUGCUCUUUCCAUACCCUGUGUAGAGGAUAUUGUGAUUCCCAUGCUCUUGUGCUGAGGGGUACCAGUAUUAAUGAAUCUCUGUGGCCAGGAGAGAUGACCCAUUGGUUUGCAAAUGCCCCCUUUCAGCUCUGCCAAUAAAUUAUUGGGUCUCUGUUUCUUUCAA